AUGUUUAUGCGUUGCCCCGGAAACAAAAUGGCGGGCGCGGAGGAGAAAGAACCCGAAAAUAUCGUGCACAGGAACGCGAUCUUCUGCGAGACCAUUCACAAGGAGCAGAGGGACCAGAAACUCUACACCAGCUACGGCGUCAACCCCUACAAGAAGACCGAGUUUCUACAGACCUACAGAGAGGCACAGGGAGCCCCACGGAGCAGAUACAGCUAUCCACAGACAGAGGCACAGGAGAUUGGCUGGGACACAAAACCCCUGGUUGAGCAGCCGCGUAACGACCGAAGGUUGCACCACCCUCACGUCAUGUCGGAGAUUACAAAAUACAUGGACGCAGCGUGGAGACAGAAAGAGCAGGAGAGCAUGCAACAAUAGCACAGAAUGUUUGAGUAAAGAUAUCAUUUUCUCCCUCUGUGCUGUUUGCGAUUUUUAGCCGCUGGCUUGCUGUGUCUAGCAGAGCUGAAUCCGGACAUGUCUGCACUUGAUCCCGCAGAAUUCCUCUUCUGCCCGCUUUUCCUGCCACCAAACCCAAACUUCUUGUCUUUGAAUUGCCGCUUUUUUGAAUUUCUACCAACUUGAGUGCCCUUCUUCCUCUUCUUCUCUGCGGUUUUCCCUCCGUCCUCGUCUCUGGCUGCACUCACCGCAAACUCCUCCUCUUCCCUCUCAGCCUCUUUCUUCCUGUCUCCCAGGACAGCUCCCACCUUCUCUCCCUUCCCUGUAACCACCACACUCACACACCAACACUGCCAAUCGCCUAGUGUACUAGCCUUUCUUGAGGCUCCUGAUUGCGUUUUUCUUCUCUUCGCGUCUCUUCUGUAGGAUGUCCUGCUGCACCUGUGAGUGUAAAUCAGAGUCAGGAUUUACCAGGAGAAAGAAACACACACCACAUCACACUGAUGUACAUUAUUCACAGUACGCACAAAAUGUGUUCAUGACCCACCUUCUUGCCAAACUUUUUCA